CUCUGUGUGUGUGUGUGUGUGAGUGAGAGAGAGAGAGAGAGAGAGAAUCGGGGAGGAAGAGAGCAGGUUUUUGAAGAAGGUCAAAUCACAGCACACAGGCACAAAAUUUGUCUCCCAGAGAGCUCCAUUUUCUCCCUCCGUCUCUUCCUACGGUCUCUAGGGUCUUCUCUUCCCCUCUCUUGGUCAAAGAUCGCUGCUUGGUUAUUGCUUGGUGGCUUAUUGCGCGACGGCGGUUGCGGGAGGUGCAGUGGGCAUCGAAGACGGUGGGGGUGGACUUCAGUGGAGUGGGCUUUCACCUCCGUGCGGGUUGAUUUGCCGCAGGAGGAAAUGCCGAUGAGUUGGAGUUGUCAGAUUCGCCGCGGGCCUGAGCGGUCCGAUCUAUGAUGAGCGAGCGCGGUUCGGGCUUGCAGUUCGUGAGUGGUCUAUUCCGUGCAAGAAGCAGCUGCUCUUUGUUUCUUAGACGCUACCAGCAUGGCCACUGCCAAGCGCGCUUACAAACUACAGGAAUUUGUAGCACAUUCUUCCAAUGUGAAUUGCCUAAAGAUUGGAAGGAAGACUUCGAGGGUUCUUGUUACUGGAGGAGAGGAUCACAAGGUCAAUCUUUGGGCUAUUGGAAAACCCAAUGCCAUAUUGAGCCUAUCCGGACAUAUGAGUGCAGUUGAGUCAGUAGGUUUCGACUCGUCUGAGACACUAGUGGCUGCAGGUGCAGCUAGCGGAUCGAUAAAGUUGUGGGAUUUGGAAGAAGCAAAAAUUGUUCGUACUCUCACAGGCCACAGGUCAAACUGUAUAACAGUCGAUUUUCACCCUUUUGGAGAAUUCUUUGCUUCUGGAUCACUAGAUACAAACCUAAAGAUAUGGGAUAUCAGAAGAAAAGGAUGUAUCCAUACUUACAAAGGUCAUACACGAGGAGUUAAUGCCAUUAAAUUCACUCCAGAUGGGCGGUGGGUUGUUUCUGGUGGGGAAGAUAACACUGUGAAGCUUUGGGAUCUUACUGCUGGAAAACUUCUGCAUGAUUUCAAGUUCCAUGAGGGUCAGAUUCAGUGCAUAGAUUUCCACCCACAUGAAUUUCUACUAGCGACAGGUUCUGCUGAUAGGACUGUUAAGUUCUGGGAUCUUGAAACUUUUGAGUUAAUAGGAUCUGCUGGACCUGAGAGUUCUGGUGUGCGUUCUAUGACCUUUAAUCCUGAUGGGAGAACUUUACUUUGCGGACUGCAUGAAAGUCUGAAGGUUUUUUCUUGGGAACCAAUAAGAUGCCAUGAUGCUGUUGAUGUGGGGUGGUCUAGAUUAUCAGAUAUGAAUAUUCAUGAAGGAAAACUUCUUGGAUGUUCAUAUAACCAAAGCUGUGUUGGAGUAUGGGUUGUGGACCUCUCUCGCAUUGAACCAUAUGCCAAUGGUGCUGCUGCCAAACUAAACGGGGAAGCAAAAUCUACACCAAGUGGUAAUUUAACUAUGCAAACUGAGAGCAAUAUAAAGUCUAACAUGGUGAAGUUAUCCUUAUCACAAAGCUCAGAAUCUAAUCCUAAGGAGACAAAAUCAGUACCAUCAAGUACAGGCACAGCCAUCCUUAGCACUCCUCAAAAGACAGGGACAAGUGCUUCCCCCAAGCCAACUGCUAUAGCACCUUCAGUACCUUCUGCUACUACUGUUAAAAGAAGUUCCUCAAAAUCUAAUGUUACCACAAGUCUUCAGUCCAUAAGCAAAACAAAUAUUAUACCUGUUAUUGUCCCCCGAAAUAGCCCCAGACCAGAGUUAUCCUCUGAUUCUUCUAAAUCUACUGAAGUUGGAAGGACAAUACAAUCUGAUAUUCAGUCAAAAUUUUCUAGUUCCCAAAAUGUAUCUAACGUCAGAGAAGGUUCAGACAAAGAAGAUGUCUCUAAAUCUGGAUUUGUGGCAAGUAGGAAUACUGAGCAGAUUGAACUUCUAGGACAAAAUGCUAUAUCUUCUGACAUUCCUGUAACUCAAGCAAUGACAGUAGCUGGAUCAAACAACUCGGAUGAUGUUCGACGUGUUACAGCAGCAAGGGUCAGGACUAAUUUGUUCAGAGAGUCACCUGCAAAUUAUGAUCAGGAAAAUCACAAUAUCAGAAUCCAAAAACCAACGGAAGCAUGCUCUUUUGUUGUUCCCAAAGGAGGAAGAACAAGGUCGCUUGUUGCAAAUUUUGAGAGGGAACAACGUAGGGCACUCUCUCCAAGCUAUGAUGGACCAACCUUAAGUAGUUUUCCUGAGGCAGGAGCUGGUGCCAUCUCAUAUUCUCUGAGGAGCCGGAAUCAGUAUGCUGAAGAAGAGACAAUAUCUGCUUUGGAUGAGGAUUCUAUUGCUUUUCUAUUGAAAAAACAUGACCAAUUUUUAAAUUUGGUGCAAUCACGAUUGACCAAAUUACAGAUAGUUCACCGGCUUUGGCAAAGAAAUGAUGUUAAAGGUGUCAUAAAUGCAAUUGAGCAGAUGUCUGAUCAUGGUGUAUCUUCUGACGUAGUAGAUAAUCUCAAAGAUAAAAGUGACCUUAUCACUUUAGAGAUAUGCACUUCUCUUCUUCCACUUCUCACCAGCCUUCUUGAAAGCAAGAUGGAUAGGCAUUCGAGUGUUUCCUUAGAAAUGUUGUUGAAGCUGGUUAGGAUCUUUGGUCCUGUAAUCCAUUCAGCUUUGUCGGCGGACCCAUCUUCUGUUGGUGUUGAUCUUCAAGCAGAACAGAGGUUGGAGCGCUGCAACUUGUGCUUCAUUGAGCUGGAGAAGAUCAAACAAAAAAUUCCUUCCCUGACAAGGGUUUAACGUUCAACAGAAAAGGAGGAUCUAUCGCAAAGACUGCACAGGAGCUGAAUCUUGCUCUUCAGGAAGUGCUAUGACUAACACAUUCAUACACAUGUCGAGUUGAUUUUCCAUUCUUGAGAUCCCUCCCCUCAUUGUAAAGCAGAUCAUCAUCGAGCUGCCUAAAACUGCAUGCUCGUGUAAGGAUCUGACUUUGUUCUGACAUCUGACAGAGGAAGAAUAUGUUGUUCAUCAGGCAGCUUAUUGAAGAGUAUACGAGUAUGACCACAGUCGAGCUUGCAGUUAGAUAGUGUUUGAAUCCGGACACUGAAUUUGAAAUCAAUGUUGCCUGUAAGAUUGCUAUUGUCGAAGGGCAUAUGGUUUGUGUUUUCCAACAUGACAUGUUUGGUUGUUGUAUGAGUUUUAAUUUGCUCCAUUGAAUCAUGUUGCUUGGCCAUAGAUUGUUAAGAUGAAAAGGCUACAGAGCAACUUUUUUUUUCUUUUUCUUUUACUUUCGUUGUAAAAAAAUUUCUUGUAUUGCAGUUUGCACAGUGAAAAAGUUAAAAACCAA